AUGCGUUCCUCGCUUGUUGGCUUCGUGGCACUCACCAUCGUUUCUGCCACCGCUUCCCUGGUGUAUCCUGAAACGCUACCCCUCGGUCGACGACAAGCACCGGGCACACCGGAGUAUGACUGUCAUUCCAACUGCGGUGCUGUCAUUGUCGCUGGUCGGACUGAAGGUUAUUGUGAAACGGCGAAUUUCACCACGGCUCUGGAUGCGUGCCUCGAUUGCGCACUCGAAUUCGACAUCUGGCAAUAUUACGGUGAAAGCGUGUCUGCGGCUGCGGCGGGAUGUGGGCUAGAUGCAACACCUCUUCCCGCCAACUCCACCUCAGUGACGAGUAGCAGUUCGGUUUCGGCUUCGACCUCGGUGGCUGAGACCAUGACUGCUUCUGCUAGCCCUGAAGCGACCACAACUGCGUCCGCUCCGGCCACUUCAACGGACGCCGCUACACCGACUGCUGAAGAGACAGAAAGUGUGGUAAGUGACUGUCUUUGCAAUACCCAAAUGAUUUCGAACGUGUCUAAUAAAGACUUUACUUUUCAGGCGCCAAGUAGUACCAGCUCCGGAACUCCUGCUGCGGAGACAUUUGAUGGGGCAGGAAACCGAGUCUUGCUGAGCGGUGGACUAGCAAUGGUUCCUCUGGGGGCUAUGGUAGUAGGCUUGGUCUGA